AAACUUUGUGCCUCGUGGCCGAUGGCUCGUGCCACUGCUGCCACUGCCACAGCCACAUCCAGUAGCAAGCAGCAGAACCAACCAGCAGCAGCAGCACCAUUCAGUCGGGAAAUUUUGCACAAACGAAGCGCACGCGACAGCGGAUAAAUCCAAACGGCGAAAAACAGUCGAAAAAUAACGUGAAAAAACCCACAGCUCAGCUUUUACAGUUGCUUUUGUCGUCAGUUAGCCGUGAACCAUCGGGCUAUACGGACGUUGUCUGCCUCCUUUUUGGAUACGGAAUUUUAUCUCAAGAGAAAUUACAAGCGGAACAAAAACUCAAAAGACGUGCAAUUUCUGUCUGUCUGUAGCGCGGGAAUAUUUUGAAAAAAAAUAAAAGAAAGGAAAAGAAAAAGAAAAUCGAGUUUAACUGAAAGUCAAAUUAAACGUGGAAAAGUGGAAAAUCCCCGCUAAAAACAAAUCUCUGGCGGAUCGAAGAAUUCUUGUGAAUUCCGUAAAAAUGAGAAAAUGACAGCAAAACGUGAUAAGGAUUACUCGAAAAAUAAAUCGGCAACUGGCAUCGGAUUCACCGCCGCCGGCUCGACCGCCAAUGGCAGCGGCAUAAAGUCCAUUGGGCUGGUGAGCUCCACGCAGAAUGUAACCUCGUCGCAGGACAUCAGCAAGCGAACAAAUAAACCACUCAUGGAAAAGCGACGAAGGGCGCGCAUCAACCAGAGCCUGGCCAUCCUGAAGGCCCUUAUCCUCGAGUCGACAAAGAGUCAGAAUGCGAAGAACGGCGAGGGACAGGCCAAGCACACGAAGCUAGAGAAGGCGGACAUUCUAGAGCUGACAGUGCGCCACUUCCAGCGACAUCGCAACCUCGAUGAUCCUUCUGUCAACAAGUAUCGAGCGGGAUAUACGGACUGUGCUCGAGAAGUGGCUCGUUAUUUGGCCACGCCAGAGCCACCGCCAAUGGGCAGCAUGCCCACACUUGGGGAGCCCGGAUCGAAGGCGCGUUUGUUGCGACAUCUGGAUCAGUGCAUAGCAGAGAUCGAUGUGGAGAUCUGUCCCCAUUCGACGGCCAACUUUGUGGAGAGUCCGAGCAGCAGCAGCUGCUUCGAUCUGAACAACUCGAAGAAGUCGCAGCCGGACGAGCAUUCGCUGGACUACAGCAGCCAGGACUCGAAUCCCCUGGACUACAGCAAGGGCCUGAAGCUGGGUGCCGAUCAGCGACUACUGCAGGCCUCGACCCCGGCGCCUCAGGACGAGAACAACAAUCGUGGCCAGCAGAUCCAACAGAUUCCCCCACAGAUCCAGUCGCAGGUGGACCCUGGGGUAGCGACCAGCAGCAUCGUCUCGGAGCUGAGCUACGAGGACGAUCGAAACAAAGUGUGUGCCAAUGUCCUCGAGCAGUACAAGCAGCAGCUGAAGCAGGCCCAGCAGAUUCAGCAGCAGCAGCAGCCCGACAGCGCCAACGGUGUGCUCGUCCUCCCUCCCCACUACGUGCAACUGGCGGCGGCUCUGGGCCUCAGUGCCCAGCCCCUGGUCGAUCCAAUUGCCACGCGCACGGACUUUGAGCGACUCAUUGAGCUGCAGCGUGUCCAGCCACAGCUGGCGGGCAAGCUGAGUCCCAACUUUCCCGGUGGCUUAGAGGCAGCUCAUGUCGCUGCCGCAGCUGCGGCUGCGUAUGCCAACAGCAUGGCAGUGGCCGCGUCUGCAGGAGUCACCGUCUCCGCCAUGACUGCGACUGCGGCAACAGACCGGCCAGCCUCCGUGGCUGCUUCGGUUAGCUCUGGCGUCUCUGUAAAUGAGCUAAAGUCGAUGCCUGCGACGCAGCAGUCAUCGCCCCGAUCGGAGAGUGGCAUUGGCUCCAAUGAGAAUGAGGCGCUGGAGGCCAGUCCACGUCCGCAGACGAGCAGUGCAGCGCGCCAGGCGCUGAGGCAGCGUCAGGAGGAGGAGUAUCACUAUAUGGCGCAGGCGGGAGCAGCCGGGCAGCCCGGUCCUGGCCAGGAUGAGAGCAUGUGGCGUCCGUGGUGAAUGCGAGAAUAACGCAGCCUGAGGAGAAGGAGGCUAGAUUUUAUGUACCAAGUAUGUAGACUGCACAAGUUUGUUGGGCUUAUGUGGAGAUGGUAAAUGGUGACGCCGGCAACCGGCGUACCGCCGUCCCCCCACAAGA